AACCAUAAAUGCGGAUUCUGUGAUUAGACAAAUCUCUUCAAUUGGAGUUUCGGAAAUUUCUUCAUUUGAAACCUCAAAUUCUAAGAUUUAUAAGACUGAAGAAACCCCCAAUACUAAGACUUAUAAGACUAGAGAAUCCUCAAAUACUAAAAUUUAUAAGACUAAAAUUACGGUAUUAUCAAUGGAUGAUUCGGAUUAUCUCUCUGUUAAGAAAUUUUUUCUCUCGGGACUUCCCGUUCAUACUGUUCUUGGAAUAUUGAAAAUGGAUAUGCCAACUAAGCUUGUAGAGGCUCAUGAAAAGUAUAAAAGACAGAAUUAUGGUAUGCUGACUCAUAGAAUGUUCCAUGGCACAAGAUCUCUAUGCGAUCCCCAACGAUUUAUCACAAAUCCACAAGCUGAAUUUUGCAAAUACGGUUGUGGUGUGUGCGGAAUAAUGCGAGAAGGUAACAAAACAACAUAUGCUUCUAAUCGCCGUCGUAAGUACUCUUAG